CAGUGUCUCUUCCUUUCCACGAGGGGCAGUGCAGUUCCUCGGGGAGCCGAACUGAAGGCAGAAAACGGAAAAGGACUGAACAAUGAAUGUCAAACUGUAGCAUGGUCUGUUAUUCGUUUGGGUAACACAAAGCAGAAAUGUCUUGCUACAGUUUAUUCCGGUUAGCACCGCCAAGAUGUUUCACGAGCAACGCUGCAAUGUUUCUGAGCAGGAUAAGUAUAUAUCGAAUACCGACAUGUGGAUAUGCUAAGAAAGUUGCGGCCAAAGUGAAGGGUAAAGGCAUGGUGAAAGAGGAGCAGAAGGGCCCAGAGGUGUGUAAAGACCCAGUCAGACUUACAUCCCAUGCAGUGGGGGUAAACAUCUAUAAACAAGGGGAAGAUCCUCUACUAAAGCCUCAUGGGGAAUAUCCUGAGUGGUUGUUCCAGUUGAACUUGGGAAAGGCGAAAAAACUUCAGGAGCUGGAACCCGACACCUGGCAAUAUUGGAGCCGUCUCAGGAAGGAAAACAUUUGGCGUUACAACAGACUACAUAAAGGGAAGAAGUUUUAGAUCAGUAGCUUCUCUCCGUAAACAUUUGUCACAUUCUGGACUCAAAAAGGGACUCCUGUUCAUAAUAAUGAAACUUCUGGACUCGCUUAUUAACUUCCAGUCACACACCAGAUCAUGUGAAGCACACACCUCGCUACGUCAACUCGUCAAAACCAGAAGGAGAUGUUUGCGCUUUUUUUUUAAACAGAUGAAACUACAAAAUGUUUGAUUAAAAAAUCCAGUUUAAAUGUGAAAUUACAGGAAUGUGUGCAAAGAAAAUCCAUCAUUUACUGCAAACUGAAUCAGAAUAAGAAACUAUAACAUCUCAUUUUUAACGAUUUUUUGUCCCUUCUUUACUGAAUUAAAUCACAAACAAAAAUAAACUCAUUUCCAAAACGAA